AUGGCAGCAGUAUUAAAGAAACGAGUUUUAUCCGAGUACAAUAAAUCAUUUCAGGAUGGCCCUCCUGGUAAAAAGCUACAUUUGGCUAAAAAACCCUUAAUUGGUAGUUCAGCUGCUGCUUUUGUUGGCCUCUUAGAGAAGUGCAAGUCAAGCGAUGAGGCGUUACAGUUGUUGCUCCGGAUUUCGGAUUGCCUUCAAUUCCAAGAGUCAGAUGUCGAAGAGGCAAUUAAGAAGCUCUCAGAACACUUUCAAUCUGAAGAAGAGUCAGUUGUUCGGGUCAAAAUUUUGUGGCUCUUUUGUGACAUUGGCUUGGAAUGUCCUGGAGCUAAUCUUAACCAUUUAAUUGAUGAAACUAUUCGUUUGAUUAAGAAUGAAACUUCCCACAAGGUCAUUGCUCAAGGUGUCGCUACUCUUCUCAAACUUGGUGUAAAGCUAUCUGAUGAUAAAAUAUUAAUGCAAAGGCUUGUGGGUGUUGCCAGAGAUAAUCUCAAAGAUACAAGUCAUCAAGUAAAAUGCCGGUGCUUGCAAUUGAUAAGUGAACUGUAUCCCAUCUGUCCGGAAUCAGAUAGGACCACUGAAAUUGUAGCUGAGGCUGAUAUCAUUGUGAAAUUGCUUGGUGACUAUAGUAAUGCUGAGGAUGCUAGAGUGAGAUGUGAAGCUUUCCAAUCGUUACUAACGUUACAUGGACGUGGGUUAACUUUAAAUGCUGAUAUCUAUGAACAUGUAUGUGCAUCUCUCUCCGAUGACUAUGAAAUAGUUAGGGAUGUUGCUUUGAGGCUUAUUUGGUUGCUAGGCAACAAGUAUCCAGAAAACACAGUCACGCUACAAGAUGGCGAGACCACAUUGCGGCUCGUGGACGACGCCUUCAUCAGGAUUUGCUCAGCCGUCAACGACCUCUGCAUGCAGGUGCGAGCUCUGGCUUGUUCGCUGCUGGGAACCACGCGCGGUGUCUCCGACCGCUUCCUCUUGCAGACCUUGGACAAGCAACUCAUGAGCAACAUGAAGAAAAAGAAAACUGCGCACGAACGGGGGGCGGAGCUUGUAAGGUCGGGCGCAUGGGCUAGUGGCAGAAGGUGGGCGGACGACGCUCCUGGGCAGUUGUUGGAGCAAUCCACUGUGCAGUUGCUGCCUGGUGGUGCAGCAGGAGCAUUCGUACAUGGCUUGGAGGAUGAGUUUAUGGAGGUCCGAACAGCUGCAGUGGAGGCGGUCUGCGAGUUGUCUAUGGAGAAUCCGACAUUUGCGACUACAUCACUAGACUUCCUCGUCGACAUGUUCAACGACGAGAUCGAAGACGUGCGUCUGCGAGCCAUCGACAGUUUGACCAAAAUAUCCCACCACAUAGUGCUGAGGGAGGACCAGCUAGAAACCAUACUUGGAGCCUUGGAGGAUUACUCAAUGGAUGUCAGAGAGGGUCUGCACCGAAUGUUGGGAUCGUGUACAGUCGCGUCGAAAACUUGCCUAGAAAUGUGCAUAGACAAAAUACUUGAGAAUCUCAAAAGGUAUCCGCAGGACAAACGCUCAACGUUCCGCUGUGUACAACGCAUGGGAAGCAAACAUGCGACCCUCGUGUUACCACUAACCACCAGGUUGCUCGGAGUCCAUCCGUUCUUCGACAUGCCAGAACCGGAUGUCGAAGAUCCAAGUUAUAUGUGCGUUCUGAUCCUGGUGCUGAACGCGGCGCAGCACUGUACGACGAUGUUGCCUCUUUUCGAAGAACACACUGUGAAACAUUACACGUACUUGCGCGACACUAUGCCGCACCUCGUACCGCCUCUUCCAAUAGGUGAAAAUCAAUUUUCACGUAACGAGAAAAGCGAGGCAGCGAUGGAUGACAGUGCGGUGAGGCGCUUCUUCGAGUCUGUCCUGCAGCACAUUGACAACGUGACGCUGUCCACAAACGUGCGGAUAAAGAUGCUGCAAUCGGCAGAGGAGCAGCUGAAUAAAUUGUCAGAGAUGGAGCCACUAGUGUCGGGCGCUGCGAAUUUCACAGCUCUCUUCGCUCGUUGUGUGCUUGCGCUACACACAGCACUGAACAAUCCGGCCGGUCCACCUGCGCAUGCGCUUCAGAACCUCGCGAUGGACUGUCUUAGAUUGCAACAUCAAUUCAGUGGUGUGACUGAACAAGAGAGCGCCUGUGUUUGGCAACUAGCGUUGCGAGUGUGUGCGGCCCGCCUUAUAGCCGCUGUCGAGAACGCAGCGGUCGGGGCGGGGGCUGGAGCGGGAGCCGUAUUGGGUGCAGCACCUGGUGCCGCUGCUUUGUCCGCUGCAGCUGCUCUCACGCAUCAUGCAGAACUUUUGGAUCGGCUACUUGCUUCAGCUAGCAUGGAGCCAGAUCCGUUCACCAUCGCUGUGUUCCAGCAGUUGUCGGCGAGUGGCGAACACAAACCUGGCAUCCUGGCUCGCUCUUUGCAUCCUCUCUUACUGGCUGCGCCGAUACCAUCUGUGCCUAGGCCUAAUCUCAAGAUAAGAAUGUGUUCGGCAACAAUAAUAGAGCCAGCCAACGACAACGACACCGUUCUACGUUUUUGCGCGGGCCUGAUCACUGGUGUGUCGUUCGAAGCGGAAGUACUGCGGGUGCGUGAACCGAGCGCGCUGCGCAUACGCGUCGCUUAUCCGGAUCGACGUGUGCACGCUCUGCUACCACCGCGCGACCAUUUGCGUCCAUUAGACCAUCAUAAUACUAAUGACGAUGGCACAGAGAACGUGCGUUUGUUGACAAAGGUGUUAAUCUCUCACGGAGUGUGGACAGAACCGUGCGGUGUGGACAUAUCAGUGUGUCUUGCUGUUGAAGAUGGUGGUGGACGUGAAGCUGCUUCCUUGGUGGAGUUGUGCCGCCCUGUUCGAGUUACCGUCGCACCUAAACCCAUUAAACGAGGCAUUUAG